CCUUCCACCCUCAAACAGAAAAAUCAGUAUCAGGUAGAGACACAUCUGACUAGAGCUACAAACAUGCUCCUAAGAAUUGGUUUUCUGAUAUUCCUUGUCUCAGCUUUAUCUGCUUUUGAAAGAGAACAGCAUGCACCUACAAUAAGAAAAACUCGUUUUGCAGCCAACAGUCCAGUGGAAGUGGUCCGCUGCCUGAACAGUGCCCCACAAGUGGGUUGUAGCACAUUCUCCUGCCUGGAAAAUUGUACGUGUGGCACUGAUGGAAUGCAUGACAUCUGCAACAUCUUUCUCCAUGCAGCAGCAGUUUUUAACACAGAGGGUAAGACCUUUGUCAAGGAGAGUAUCAAGUGCAUUGCCAAUGGUAUCACCACCAAGAUUUUUCAGACCAUCCGACGCUGUGGCACCUUCCAGAAAAUGAUUACUGAUGUGCAAGAGGAGUGUUACAAAAAACUGGACAUCUGUGGCGUAGCCCGCUCAAACUCUGAUGCCAUUGGAGAAGUAGUGCAGGUGCCUCGACAUUUUCCAAACAGGUACUACAGCACACUGCUUCAAAGCCUUUUGGACUGUGACGAGGAGACUGUGGAAGUGGUCCGUUCUGGACUAGUGGCUAGGCUAGACCCUGAUAUGCUCACCCUCUUUCAGCUGCUGCAAAAGAAGCCCUGUCCCCAGGACUUUGGUCAUAGUACUGCUGGUAUUGAUGGCCUGGAGGGCUUUCGCUGGCCCAUGGGAGCACCCAUGUUCAAGAUCCAACCUGAUUUGCAUAAUAGAGAACCAAAUCACCUCUUUGCCAAGAAACGCUCAGUUGAAGAUAAGACGCUGAACACCAAGAUGCUAACACAUUAAAGAAAUAAUUUAGGGGAACAUUUUUUACUUAGCACAUAUAUAGUCAAUCAGCCAUGACAUAUAUGGUGUCAAAAUAUUACUUUUUAGUGUUGCAUCUCAGCAACAGUAGUAAUCAAAGUAAUAGAAAUCUCUGACUACAGAUUAGCAUCUUGCAUAUAGAAGUUCCUAAUAUCAUGCACUUGCUUCAAAUAAAUGAAUAAUGUCAAA